AUGAGCAAUGAUUCUAUCAAAUGGUGGAAUGAUUUUAUAGGAGUACAAGCUGAUGAUGUCAUUCCAUUAAAACCUUCCGUAAUUGAAUUGCAACAAAUACUCUUUCAAAAAUCUCCAGUUAUAACAAAUGGAAUCGAAAAUCCUUCAGACAAUGAUACGUAUUGGGAUGAUUUGCAUAAAUUCAUUAUGAAACUUGCAGAUGAUCAAAGUAUUUCUCAUCCAAUUUCUGAUUUUACGUCAUUUGUUUCAUCAUUACACAAGAUUUCAAGUUUACUCAAGAUUACGAAUGUUAAAGAUGCAAUACUACUCGCGAAAAGGCUGUGUCCCAAAGAACCAGCAGACUUUUUCUUUAAUACAUUCCUUUUCAUGGUAUCAGAUCCUCUUUUAGCGAUCAAUGUCAUGUUCUAUAUGAACGCGGAGAAUAUUGAACCAUGGACAUCACAAAUUCGAUAUCCGGGUCAAUUUGAAAAAUUUUUUGAUUUAUUCGUUACGUAUUUACAGCCAACAGGUUCACAAUACGACGACAACUAUAUCCAGUUCCGAAUCAUCCUCUCUGAUAUGAUUGUUUCCCUUCUUUGCGAUCCAAACAUUGAUUUUCUUAUGAAAGAAAGAUAUAUUGAGAACACAUUUGUCCGAUUGCUGAACCUUGUUAGUUACACAACUUCUGAUGCUAAUACAGUAUUCUGCCGACUGAUCAUCAAGUUGUUUGAUUACUACGUAACAAUUCACACUCGAAUUGAAGACGACAUUCUUGUGAUGAUCCAAAGUAUUUAUACAUCAUCGCCACCGAGUAAAUCAUCGCGUAACAUGACGACAGAGUACAUUUACAGUUUAUGUUCUCGAGGAACUAUCACACAUCGUGAAGCUGCAAUCAUUUUAACAGUUGGAAACAUGUCUAUUUUCGAUAUCAAAAUUCUUUAUUACAUCGGUCUUGACAACAUUGAAGCUCGUUCUCUUGUUAUCAAAUAUCUUUGUGAGAAGUUUGUUAAUAGUAAGAUUGAUUGUUAUGCUAUUGGACCACUUAUCUCAGACUUGCUUCGAAGAGAAAGAGAUAAAGAUAUCAAUGAAUUUUUCAAAGAAUUCAUCACAAAACUAUUUGUUAAGAUCUCUGUUUGUGGUCGCAAAUCAAAGUACGUUCGCCGUGUUUUAUCUAUUUGUAGUCUUCUUUCAACAUAUUUCCAUGAUUUGGAUGACAUUUGGACACACAUUGAGUCCAGUGCUAAUUCAGCAUUUCUUACAGGUAAAUCUGAUUUUCUACGUGAUUAUUUCAAAGUCGGAAAGACAGAAAAAACUAAUGAAUCAUUUAGCAAAGAACUUAGUCUUUUUGAGAAAGUUCGUCCUCUUCUUAAAACUUAUCCAUUCAGGCAAGGAAAUCACAAACUUUAUGAACUUGACCAAAAUGAUGGAAAAGUUCGUCCAUCAAAGAAACAGUCUAAAUCUACAAUUAAAGAACUCAAAGAAAUGGGUAUUCCUGAUCAUCUUAUUAAGUUCUUCCAUAUCACAGAACAAGUCAGUGCUAUUUCACAGAUGGCAUCUAUAUUCGAAAUAGAAGAUUUCAUUGACAAUAAAAGAGACGAAGUAUCACAAAUCAAAGUUCGUAUGAAACGUCCUAAACUUGCUAAAUUCAACAUGGACUCAUACGAACUUGAAGGUCGAAUGCCUAUUGUUGGACAAGUUACAAUGAUGGCGCGAAACAGAGAGAAGAUUUAUCGAUUUCAAAUUGAUACAAUCAAUAAAGUCAUAAAUCUUGCAGUUGAAGUUAUUGUUACUCUUAAGACAUAUGAUGGUAUCAUUGGUGAUGUUUACACACUUUCAUCUGAGUUAACAAACCUCGGAAAGUUCGACAACAAAUACAAGUUGCUUAAAGAAAGAAAAGUACUACUUCGAAAGAGAUGUGAAUACAUUCAGAACAAAUACAGAUGUAAGAAUUACAAAGCAGAACUUGUUCAAGUUUUCUUCAAACAACAACUAUCAUUCCAUGAAGAUGUCCAAUACUCAUCUCCAUCAUCAUUCGACACUCUUGUUCGUGAAGUUUUAUCACGAAGUUCGCACUUCAAAGAAAGAUUCAAAACAGUAUCAAGUGAAGUUGAAAACAAAAGUGCAGAAGAUAUUGUUUUGUGUGCACAAUCAUUUAUUGAUGACAUUGCAAACUAUUUGUCUCUUAAACGAGACAGUAACCUCCAAGUUCUUGAUGUUGUUCUAAUUCGACUGUUUUUCGAGAACAGUUACUACAUGAACAAACGUGCACAACUUGCAAACUACCAAGAAUACAACAAAACAUUCAUUGUUCGCUCGUACAAACUUUCAGUUCAACCUAUCGAAUCUCUUGGAAUUUCAACAAAGUUCAUUGGGAAACGUCGAGGCAUGCGUAUCUGUGACUUCUUCCGUCAUUCAGAAGAACGAUUUCCAUCAGUUGAAUCCAUCUCUGACAAACUCUGUCCUCUCGACAUCAACAGUCUCCUUUAUCGCGUGAAGAAAGAACUUGAGAAAAGAGUUGACCAAAGUGAUAUUGAACCUAUCUUCCUUGGUCUUCUUGUCACAUCUCCUCCGAACAACGCUAUCAGUGCUGCUCUUUCUCUCGAAAAGUUCGGUGUUAUCAACAACUCAACACUUUUUGCUGAUGCACGACAACUAUACAUCAACUGUGUUAACAUGGUAUUUCGAUUGAGUAAUGUUAAACAAGUUUAG